AUGAAAAGUGAUUGCUUGCCAUUAGAUAUAAAGUUUUGUAAUGGAAAUUAUUCUUAUCAAUUCAAUUUUCUCUCUAAUUCCAUUCAAAUAACCCUGAAGGCUUUGCACAACUCUCAUUCAACUCUCGAUAGAACAUGCAGUGACAGCAUCGUAUCGCUUAAACAUAGAAAAUCAACAAGUGAUUUAACCAACGAUGAUUCCUAUCGUAAAGAAAAUGAGAAUGUAACAUCAGCAACAGCUGGGGCAUCAGGAAAACAUCGUCGUAGGGGAAGUUCAAAGGGUGGUUUAGCUUAUUUAGUGGAGAAGCGAGAUUCGCGACGUGGUUCGAGGGACAGUGUCAUGUCACAACAAACAAACUUUUCUAACGAAGACAUUGGUCCCUUGACUAACUUUCAACAAACACAGCGCGGACGACAAAGACGAACUUCCAAUUUCCUCGAAUUGCCAGUUCCGGAUCAUAUUCGCCCACGUGUUUGUUCACUGCCAGACCGUCCAUAUACACCUUAUAAUCCAAGAGUUAGUGAAGAUUUGUAUAGAUUAAGAACAUUUUCAAUCAGCAAAGGAACUGUCGUUAAUUGCGGAGAUUCAAUCAUUUCACGUCGUUCGAGAAGCAACACAUCUGUGAACUCUACAACAAGCAGGCGAGUACACUAA